AUGCCCGUGAGUAUCGAAACUAUCAAGGAAGGUGACGGGGUAACCCAUCCAAAAUCUGGUCAGAAGGUUCAGUGUCAUUAUGUCCUUACUCUUGAGGAUGGCAAGGAGAUCGAUAGUUCUCGGUCUCGCGGGAAGCCUUUUGAAUUCAAAAUCGGAAAAGGAGAAGUCAUUAAAGGAUGGGAUGAGGGAGUUGCCAGAAUGAGCGUUGGACAGCGAGCGAAGUUGACUAUUACACCGGAUCUUGGUUAUGGAAGCCGUGGAGUACCUGGCGCUAUACCGGCCAACGCCACUCUAAUCUUUGAUGUUGAACUCCUUGCUGUAAAAUGA